AUGGAAUUCAAGUUUAAUGUCCAGGGAGAGCUAUUUUGCAACAAAGAUGGUUACUCUUCAAUCAAGCUCACACAUCUUUUGGAUGAAGAAUACGUCAACACUAACCUUAUAUUGGAUGUUAUCCUAAAAAUGCGAUAAUUACUCUAGAAAAAUAUUGGAGUAAAUAUUCCAUAAACCUUGAAUGAAUUACCCAGCGAUUCCAGAAUAUAUAUCAAAGCUUUUGAAAAUAAAUGUUAUGGCUAUCUAAUUGUAAGUGAUGACCCUCUUGGCACAGGAAAAGUGAAAUUGCAUGAAAUGUAUGUGUAUGAACCCUACUAAAAAUUUGGCCAUGGAAAGAGCCUUUUUGAUAAGAUGUUAUAGGUUGAGAUUAAGGCUCCAACUCAAAUUCUCAUUGACUAACCUUCAUUUCCUUUGUAAAGAUUUAUGAAGAAGCACUUUGUAGGUACCACUUUUUAGCAAAAUCAAUUAAAUACACCAUCAGACACAUAUAGCUUUAAUUCAAGCCAUAAACAAAAGAAUUCUGACUUCCUUUCAAAUGUUGGCAGAUAGAUGCUGAUGAGUGGAAAUCAAAAUUAAAUUAACUAUAACAAUACACCUUAAUAUGAUAAGACUAAAAGUUUCUCUGGUUUAAGACCAAGGCCUGACUAUAUACCUGAUAAUUUCGGCAAGCAUUACUCACUAUUUGGAAGCCAUUUCAAUAACGUCUCCACUAACCCUUCAAAGUAUGAUCCUCAAAGAUAGUAGUAUGACUUCUAAUUGGAUUUUUCUUUGGUAAAAGGAAAUCAUCCUUAGUUAUAUAGAAAUCAAAGGAGCAAUGAAAAUUCUUUAGAAAGAGAUAGUUCCUAGGGACUCUAUGAGUCUCAGCAUUUUCACUCAGGUUCACUAACAAAUAGAGGGGAAUAUGGAGCAGCUGGUCAGAAACUUGGGUAAAGCAUGACAGUAAAAGAUCUCCUAUCUAUGAGAAAGGAUGAACUAAACAAAAUGGGGUCACCUCAUAAAAUUGGAUUAGCUAAAGUGGCAGUUAUUUAUCCUCAUAAUCUAAAUGAUGGGAUCAAGGCUGCUCCUUAAGCUCCUUUUGCCACAUUCGAAAGAGAAAAUUAGGGUAACAAGUAAUUUUUCAGAACUGGAGACAAAUAGAGCAUAAUUUAGAUUUGA